AUGGGACGAGCGAAAAUACAAAUGGAAUUUAUCACGGACAACAAGAAACGUGAGACCACAUUCAAAAAAAGAAAAUUAGGUGUCAUCAAGAAAGCUUCUGAGCUUUCUACAUUGUGUGAUGUUUUUGUCUUGAUGAUCAUAUUCAGUGAUCAUCAAGAAACUCCUCAAAUCUUUCCACCAGAUACUGAGGAGUUUGAUAGAUUGAUCGAGUUUUAUAUCAAAACUCGUGCUAGUGAUCUUGGGAAAAUCAAAUCUUAUGAUUUACUCCAGUUCUUAAAAGACAGGAAAAGCAAGAUUGAAGAAGAAUUAUUCAAGACCAAAAAAAAAAAAUUGCAUGCCAAGUAUCCUACUUGGUUUGAUUCCUUGAAUGAUGCCCCAGAAAAGAAAUUGAGGGAAUUUGCAUAUGUUUUGGGCAAUAAAAUCGAUAAUGUGAAAGUUCGAAUUGAAUCUCUCAAGAAAGCUUCUUAUGUUCAGAAUCUUAAUCAAGAUUACAAGAAUGUCCUAAAUUUUGUCAACCCGAUAACACUGAUGAACCCAAGCAUGGAUUACAACAAAUCCGGAUACGGAUUGUACUCAUAUGGUGGUGAUCAAAAUCAAAAUAACAUGUUCAUGCAAUUGCAAUCAUCAAAUCCUAAUUUGGCAAUGAAGACGCCUAUGAUGAGUAAUCAAGAUUUCAAUAAUAACUAUUGUGACCCGAUUAAAGCAAUGAUGCUGAUUGGUUACAACAACAACAACAACAAUCUUGGUGGUUUUGAUUGUAUGGAGUUGUGUAGGAAUGACAAAAAUAACUUGUUCAUGCCAUCAUUAAAUCCCAACUUUGUGAACCGUAACUCGUUUAUGAAGAUGAUGAGUGAAGAUGAUCGCGAACGCUAUGACGAUUUCAAUAGUUUUCAAAAUCUUCUUCGAGCAGAAGGUAAUGGAUUAGCCCGACCGGAUGCAAGGUAUACACAAGAACUCGUUCGUGAUGGAGUUUUCAAUCUUAUGUAA